CACUUAUUCGUUUGUCUUUAGUUACUUGGAGAGGAACGUUUUCGGUGCAUCGAGAAGAUAAAGACGAUAGGGAGCACGUACAUGGCGGCAGCUGGUCUCUCAGUCGCACCUCACAAGGUUGGAGAUGUAUGGAAACCGAUGUGUUCGUUGGCAGACUUCGCACUGGCUAUGAUGAGUACUUUGGAAAGCAUAAAUCAACAUUCUUUCAACACAUUCAAGUUAAGAAUAGGUAUCAAUCAGGGUCCAGUUGUAGCUGGGGUGGUCGGUGCAAGAAAACCACUUUUUGAUAUCUGGGGAAACACUGUGAAUCUCGCAAGCCGUAUGGACACGACUGGUGUCCAGAAUAAAAUACAAGUCCCAGAGACAACCUACAAAAUGUUAAACACAAAAGGUUUUCGAUUUGAGCUUCGUGGAGAAGUGAACGUGAAAGGACUCAGUGAACCCGUUAAAACAUACUUUCUUGUCGAGCGACAUUCACCGCCACAAGGUUCGCUUGGCUGCUGUCUAAAAAGGAGACCCAUCGAGAAUCAAUCCCUAGCCACGAUCGUGUUUGGAUUAGUUCGAAGUAAACGUUUCAGUCGCCAGGCUUCCAAUCCUCUCCCGGAGGAAAUCCCCAACAGACCCUCUCCACGUGACCUACGAAAAGUUUGCAGUUUAGUUGAAGAACCAAAGAAGAAGAAUUAUACAACUGUUAAUUUGUUUUGAAAAGGAGAAAUUGACUCAAAUCUAGCAUCAUAACUGAGCUGUGAACGCACCAGUAACCAAAGUGAUUUAUGAACAAGAUAAACGUUUUGUUCUUUGAGUACAAUGCCAAUAUGCAAAAACUAAGGAUAAUGAAUUACAGUCUCUUAUUUGAGAUAUGAUAGUCCUAGCAGUGGUGGCGAAUUUCUGGCGCCACCGCUAGCCAUGGUCCUAAGUAUAUAUACUGUGACAAAUUCGAAUAAUAAAAUUCAAUAAUACCUUUCAUAAUUAUAUACUUUACAUAGACCCAUAAAUUGAUGGGUAAUCAAUUAGGAAUUUCGUAGUAAAAGGUUUGUCAUUCAAUGAAGUUGAGUCGUUGCAUUUUGUGUCUCAUUUAAAUGUCGAUAACAUUUUGAUUGUUUAUAAGGAAUUGAAUAGAGAUAUUUUCAGAUUAUAUGUUAUAAAUUACAUGUUUAUUUUAACGCAAUCCACAAUAACUAAUCAUGUAAUGAACAAUAUGUUCAAGUCGUUUGAUAAUGUAUUUUGACGAGUAUUUUGAUUAUGUGAGCCCGAUAUCCAUACACAGGAGAUGGGGAUGAUAAAUUACUUUUAUAUAUUUAUCACAAUCAUUAAUUAGGUGUAUUAAAAUUUAACAAAAACUGAUCCUUGAGGGCCUUCGAUACUACAGAAUCAAUGAUUAUGCCGGGUAUUUUAGACACUCAUUUUUCCGUGUUUAUAAUAAUAAUAAUAAUAAUAAUAAUAAUAAUAAUAAUAAUAAUAAUAAUAAUAAUAAUAAUAAUAAUAAUAAU